AUGAAACCCGAACGCAAUGUGCUGAUAGCGGCCACCGGUAGUGUGGCCACCAUAAAACUAGCCCAGUUAAUCAGGGAGCUCUCCGACGAGCGCCUGCCCUUCAAAUUCCACAUCAAAGUCCUAAUCACCGAGGCAGCCAAGCACUUUUUCGAACUAGAGCAAAUACCCGAGAACGUACCCGUUUACCACAAUCGCGAUGAGUGGAUCAACUGGAACAAGCGAGGAGAUCCUGUCCUGCACAUUGACCUGGGCAAGUGGGCCGAUAUGCUGGUGAUAGCCCCCCUCAGCGCCAAUUCCCUCUCGAAAAUAGCCACCGGGAUUUGUGAUAACUUCGUAAUGUGCGUAGUGCGAGCAUGGGACCUUCAGAAGCCGCUGCUCUUCGCCCCUGCGAUGAACACCCGCAUGUACGACCACCCAAUAACCCGGGAGCAGAUCGACAAGCUGACUAGUUGGGGCUACCAGGAGAUACCCUGCAUCUCCAAGACUCUGAUGUGUGGCGAUACGGGAAACGGUGCCAUGGCGGAGGUUCCCACAAUCGUGGAAGCUGUGCUGAACGCCUUGAAAUCAGCCGAUUAGUUGGAUCCAAAACAAUUUGUUAUACACACAGAGAGUUUAUAUCGCAGAAUAUUUUGUUACAAUAAUUAGACAAAUACUUUGGAA